AUGUUGAGAUUGUUAUUAAUUACGAGUUGCCAGUUAAUCCUGAAACUUAUCUCCAUAGAGUGGGUAGGGCAGGUAGAUUUGAAAGUGAUGGUUAUGCAUUUAGUUUUAUAA